GUAAUAGUAACUGUUGAAUGCGUGCCGCACUUUGAUUAACCUCCAGACUCCACAAUUUAAGGAUUCGAACAAGCAAGAAUGGCGGCUCCCGGAAAAUGCUUUCUCGUCACCGGCCCUCCGGGGGUGGGCAAAACCACUUUAAUCAUCCGAGUGCUGGAGGCUCUCAAACAAUCAAAUUCCAGCUUAAAGAUUCAAGGCUUCUAUACUCGUGAAGUGAGGGAAGGGGCGGAACGUGUAGGGUUUGAAGUGGUUACUAUUGACGGUCGUAGAGUCCCUCUUGCAUCAACCAAUGCGUCCAGCUGGGAAUCCCAAAGAUGGCCCAAUGUGGGUCGAUACAAAGUAGAUGUCUCAUCAUUUGAAUCAUUAGCUUUACCUGAGCUGCAGUUUGAAUGUAGAUUGGGGUUUAUCUAUGACCAGGUUAAGGAGGACACUGAUCUGUUCAUUAUUGAUGAAGUUGGUAAAAUGGAGCUGUUCAGUUCUUUGUUUCUCCCUGCUGUUCUAAGAGUGUUGGAAUCAAAUAUCCCUCUUUUAGCAUCUGUCCCUGUUCCAAAAUUUGGAAGAGAUAUACCUGGAGUCGCAAGGUUGAAAAAUCAUCCGGGCGCUGUAAUCCAUACACUCAACACCAACAACAGAGAUGCAAUGAGAGAGCAAAUCUUCUCUGAGCUGGUAGACUCAUUACGAAAUCAUUAGCUCCUUCCUACCGAAGAUGAUACUCUACCUAGUCUACUUACUGCAGUUGAGGUAGCCGGGGAAGCUGAUGGGUUUACAUACAUGAGAUGUUCAUCCUCAUAUUGAAAGUAAGCCUGGUUUGAUUGAUAGUUGGGAAUAAUUUUAAGUUUUCGACUAUCUUCUCCUGCAAAUGUUUCUUCAGUAGCACAUGUUUGAAUGUGGAUCGAACAUAUUGUGUGCUAAUGAUAUCUCCAGUUCCCGAUUAAUGUAAGUGUAUAUGUGUAAGUAAUGAAACUUGACUUAGGAGACCUCUAACAUGUUGAUUCUA